AGGGAGGGGGGCGGCUUGGGGGCGAAGUGACCGAGCAGGAGAAGGAGGGGGGCAGAAAACGCGGAGAAGAAACAGUCUCUGCGUCCAGUCCGACCUCUCUGCCUGCCAUCUCAGCCCCCAAGUUUUCCUCCCGCUUCCCCGGGAAAACAAGACUGCCCGGGACCACCAACAGAGGUGCAGAGAGUCCAGGAGGGAGGCGGAAAGUGGGGAGGGGGAAAUCUCUCUUUGCAAGCCCUUCUUGGGGUCCCCCCAAAAAUCUGCAGCCCGGCCACGCGCUCCGUCCUGGAAGAGGCUGGAAGAGGAGGAGCGGCAGCAACAACAGACUUGGAUAAGACACCACUGCCCCACUCCCUCUGGAGAGAGAAACAGAGAGAGAGAGAAAUCCAUCAGGUUGGGGAAGGCAGGAGAGCUACACCAGGAGAACUUCCACCUGCUUCCAGGGGCUCAGAUCACCUGCACAUUUAAAAAGACAGGCGUCCAUCUGUCCAUCCUACAGCCAAGACGUUACCUGCCUCUGCUGUUUUUCUGAACUCAGCUCUUCACUCCAGACCGAUGGCCAGCAGGGAGCUGGAAAGGUCUUGAAACUGGGGGGUCGUCCCCCACGCCCAGGAGAAGAGGGGCUUUUUGGCAGAGAGAACAGGCUGCUACGCAGAUGGUGAGGUUGCGAAAGGGGUCUGGUCUUCUCUAAACCGACGGCACGAAUCAGAAGGCGAUGGGGGCAGCAAGCCACGGCCAGAUUGGCAGGUUUCCCUUGGCUUCCAUCUCCUUGACUCUCUCCGCGAUGAUGUUGACGGCCAGCCUCUGCCAAGCUGCCGAGAAGGUCCCCCGCAGGAGACCUCGCCAGGCUGCUGAGGAAGACGGCCCCGGGAGCCGAGUGCCCGGCCUGUGGAGCGCCUGGGCAUCGUGGUCAGCCUGCUCGCAGCCCUGCGGCCUGGGGGUCAUGGAAAGGACUCGUGCGUGCCAGUCCCCGUACCAGCGCGUCCCCUGGGCCGGCCGGCCAGAGCUGGCCCCGCAGCCGCUGUACCCUCCGCAGGCCCACGAGAACCGGCCCGCUAGCCCUUACCCGGGACGGCCAUCCUACCCUCUCCACACUGAGGGCAGUGCCAGGCCAGGUCUGCCCUUCCGCGGCUCAGCCCUGACCCUCCACGGCCAGGCCCAGCCGCCUCGCACCCCGCGCCUCGGACCCCAGAACCGCCACACCCGCCACCAGGCGCUCCCAGCCGAGGAACUGCCCUCGCGAGACGCCGUCGCGCCCCAGCAUGGCCGCCGGAGGGACCCUGCUCCCGCGCAGGAGGCUGGGGUCCACCCGCCGAGGCCUCAAGGGAACCAGGAAUCUCGCCGGACCCCCAACCAGCCCUUCAGGCACAGUGCAGCCGCCCGGACCCCCGUCCGGGACGCCAUCCCUUUGUUCAAACCCCUGAGGAGAGACAGCCCUGAGGCGGGCUUGAGUCCCGACCGGCCGCGCCACAGUGGUCAAGGGGACGGUGACCGCCGCAGCUGGGCUGCUUCUCCUACGCCGGAGUCGCCGGCGGUCCGGAGGUCCCGGGUUCGAGAGGCGAUCAAGCCAGGCAAGUACGGCUACGGGAAGCUGCCGUUUGCCUUGCCCCUCCACACAGACCUGGCCGAGGGGACCCAGCCCCGAUUCAAGAGGCACCACGGGGGCAGAGACGGGGAGCCCCCGUCCCCGCCGCCCCCUCCUCCUCCCCCUCCUUCAAAAAAACAGAGGCGCAAAGCUGUCCGCUCUUCCUCCCGCGAGGAAGAGGAGCUGGAGGAAACUGGCGGGCAGAAGAGGCCCCUGAGCUCCAGGGCCAAACCCAGGACCCCCCUGAAGCCAAAACAGCCUCUGCUGGCGGACUCUGCUGCCCAGCCCCACACACAGGCUGGUGAGGGGGUGAAGAGCCACUCAGAGGGUCAUGGGCAUAUGGCAAACAGAGGGGGCACAGCGGACACAGAACAGCCCACGGAACCGGGUACGGCCACGCCACAGAAGAGCGAAUCUUUGGGGGAAGCAGAGCAUCGGGGGAAGGCAGGAGCAAGCUCUCCAGGGUCGCAUGGCGAAGCUCAACAGGCAGGGGGCGCCACAGCACCUUCGGGGAACCAGCAUCUCCCCGAAUCCUCAGCAAGGUCCCACGAGAAGCAUCUCCCAGAAUCCUCUGCAAGACCCCAAGAGAAGCACCUCCCAGAAUCCUCUGCAAGUCCCCACGAGACGCCUGAAGUGGCAGAGAGUUCCACGGGCGGCUCGAUCCCCACGUCGGGCGGCGGCAGAGAGGGAGGCGGCCACCCCACAGCGGCCGUGACGCAUUCCUCCUCUCAGGGGCCCUCUGUGGCUGGCAGCCCCCUUCCCCAUGCGCAGGGGGAGCUGCGGCUGACCCACCACGUCCUCAGAAACAACGGCUCCGCUGCCAAGAGGAAGGGGCCCGGGGCGGGCAAGAGCCACCGGGCCACGCCAGAGCCGCCCCGCCGCCCGGAGAGCAGCUCCAUGGCCCAGCCUGAUGGGGCGGGACACGCGAACCGCCCGCCCCACGGGCAAUCCCGGUCACGGAACCAGAGGCAGAACGAGCACCAGGCGGGGGGCCAGGGCAGGCGGCCUUCGCACAGCCUCUUUGUGGACCAGCCCGUGGCUCCUCGUCCUGCGGAGCCGGACAUUUGGCUGCUGCACCGGGGCAACCCUGUUCAGUUCCACGCCAGGGGGCAGCCAGGAGGGGUGCGCCCGGGUGGCGAAGUCCCGCAGUGGAAUCUCUACUAUCCUGGCACCGAGACCUUCCACUGCGAAGGAGAGAGCAAGCAGUUCAAGGCUUGCAGGCAAGAGCCGUGCCCGCCUGAUCGACCUGAUCCUCGGGCCGUCCAGUGUGCGGCAUACAACAACCAGGAGUUCAUGGGACGCCUGUACCAGUGGGAGCCCUUCACGGACGUUCGGGGGUCCCAGCGCUGCGAGCUGAACUGCCGCCCCAUCGGCUACCGCUUCUACGUGCGACACACAGAGAAAGUACAGGAUGGGACCCCGUGCGAAUCCUCCUCCCAGGACAUCUGCGUGGCCGGGCAGUGCCUUACCCCCGGUUGCGACGGGGUCCUGGGUUCGAAUCGCACGCUGGACAGCUGCGGGGUUUGCGGCGGAGACCACACGACCUGCAAGCUGGUCGUGGGGAAUUUCAGCGACACAGACGUCCCCAUUGGAUACCACCGCAUCCUAGAGAUCCCGGCAGGCACCACCCGAAUCCAGGUUAAGGAAAUGACCCGCAGCCCUAACUACCUGGCCCUUCGGAGCCACAGUGGCAAAUCCAUCAUCAACGGGAACUGGGCGGUGAACCCGCCAGGGCGCUACGAGGCAGCUGGCACCGUCUUUGUGUACAGCCGCCCAGGAAGCGACAGGAGGGAGGGCGAGUCCCUGACCGCAGAGGGUCCCACGACAGAACCUAUAGAUGUGUAUAUGAUCUUCCAGCAAGACAAUCCUGGCGUCUCUUACCAGUUCUUCCUGGCCUCUGUACAGCCGGAGACCCCCACUCCUGACCUACGUAGCCCCCGGCAGGACUUUGGUGCCUUGACUGUGGUUUCCUCGGGCAACCAGAUGGAGCCCCCACCCAGCCACCAGCGCCCUGUGCCCGCAGAUGCCCGGAACCUCAGUCCGGCCCGCCUCCCAGCUUCGUCCGGCCAAUCGGGGAGGAGCCGUGCUGCGGCUCCUCCCCCUCCCGUCUCGUCUGGCCAAUCGGGGAGGAGCCCUGGGACCCUGCAAAGGAAUGUCCGCGUCCCGCCCCUCCCGCCCCCGCCCCCUCCUGUCCAGCACAGCUCGGACCCCCUGCAGGACUUCUACUGGAGGCGAAUUGGCAAUACCGACUGCUCUGCCACCUGCGGGAAAGGUUUCUGGCAGUCUGUCUACCAAUGCAUCUCUCGCGUUACACAAGAGGAGGUGGGGGAGGAGAAAUGCCACCUCAUCCCCAAGCCCAUCGUGUCGGAGGAAGCCUGCAACACGGAGCCCUGCCCAGCCUACUGGGAGGCGGGCGAGUGGUCAGCCUGCAGCAAAUCCUGCGGCCUGGGCACCCAGCACCGCCAAGUCCUGUGUCGGCAGAUCUACGCCAACCGCAGCACCAUGGUACACCCCCAGAGGUGCGCACAGCUGGAGAAGCCCAACGCCACCCAGGCCUGCCAAGUCCAGGUUUGCAGCCGCUGGGAAGUCCGCACUAACUGGAGCUCGUGCUCGGUCCUCUGCGGCACCGGACAUCGGACGCGCCACGUCCGCUGCGUCAGUAACCACGGCGACUUGCUCCGCGACAGCGACUGCCCGGGGAACCAUCGCCCGAAAACCAGUGAAGUUUGCGACAUGGGGCCUUGCGUGCGCACCUGGUUCUACAGCGACUGGAGCAACACGUGCUCAGCCGAGUGCGGGACGGGGAUCCAGCGGCGCUCGGUGGUCUGCCUUUCGAGCGCCGCCAACGGGCAGGUGGAGGAGAACUGCGCCGGCACCAAACCAGCCGACAUGAGGGCAUGCAAUGGCGGUCCGUGCCAGAGGGUCAACCGGUGGUACACUGGGCCAUGGAGUCCGUGCUCAUCAGACUGCAGUACGGGCACCCAGCGGCGCGACCUCAUCUGCGUCAGCAAGCUGGGCGCUGAGUUCAACGUGACGGACGCCUCGGACUGUGCCCACCUGGAAAAGCCGCCUUCCUUGCAGCCCUGCGUGGGCACAUCUUGCGAGGCCCGCUGGUUCUCCACCGCCUGGAGUUCUUGUUCCAGGUCCUGUGUUGGGGGCGUCCAAGUGAGAGAGGUCCAGUGUCUGACCCAAAACAAGACCCUGAGCAACCUCUGUCCACCAGAUCUCAAGCCCAUCAAGAAACGGCCCUGCAACGUUCAGCCCUGCCUCCUGGACCUCGAUGAGAACUGCAGGGACAAAUACCACAACUGCCCGGUGAUCGUGCAGGCCCGCCUCUGCGUCUACUCCUACUACAAAGCCGUCUGUUGUGCCUCAUGUACCCACGCCUUGGAGAGGCGCCACGCCGGACCGAGCCGAUAGCGCCAGCGAGCGGGCGGGAUCCUGGACUCCUCGCACCUUUACCUGAACCGGGGACGAGCGAAUAUAUUUCGCGGACUACGGGAGCCCCCGUCAUCCGCAAAAAACCAAAACCCAUCUGCUGGAGAGGGAUCGCGGCAAAGGCAUUGAAGGACCAAAUGGGAUUCGAACUCGAGGCUUGAGAAAUUCCCAUCAGCGUCCUCUCCUCUCUCCAGAAGGAGUAGUUCAUACUGUACCCCAGUAUUUCCAGAGAAACCUACCCCAAGCUACAGACUCAUCGUACUUCCUGCAUUUCCUUUUAAGCUGUCCCCUUUCACGGAGGCUAGGAAGAGGGGAGACAAAUUGCGACGUACGGCGUUCUGGCAGAGAACUGAACCCACAGAUGAUUUUGGUGGCCUUGGCUUUUAAGGAACUCCCAAGGGGUACUUUUGCACCCCGCUUGGCCUCCUCCCUCCCUCCUUGAAGACACACCGCCAAAAUUUUGGUUCCCUCCCGUGAAGCCAUCCCCAAUCCCAUUCACACACACACACACACACACACACAGACCCCGAGACGCUCAUUUUGCAACCAGCUAAAAGGAGGCCAAAAUUGCCUGCACAGUUCCAACUUCAGCUUGUUUUGGGACACGGCGCUACGGGCCGUGCACGGACGACCUGACAUUGCCGGCGCUGGGUUCGAUUCCUCACAGAAGCCCUUUGGAAACGCACAGGACAUGAUGUGGAGUUCUGUGGUGGGUGGUUUUGGUCCCCGAGGCCUGUGAACUUGCCUGAGACAAAGCCCUGAUGGGGAAGGAGCUCUCGACCCGAUCCACGCCACCCCGGCCAGUAAAAUCCCGCCAGCUGCGGCAAAAAAUGGCUGGUGGGUGGACCGGAACUUGGAGCCCUUGCAGUUCCACACGCUCCCUUCCAGAGGGCAGCACUGAGUCUGACGCCUCCCAGCCAUAUUGGCUUUGCUCUAGUAUUUCCUUAGGGAAGCGAAAAAUAUGCAUUAUUUUUAUUUCCUCCUGAAAAUAUACAGUAUUGGUGCUACUUUGGAUUGUGGGGAAAGCUGAUUAGCAGCCGAGCAAGACGGUUUCUACAAUCUUGCCACUGUUUCCCUAUUUACAGUAGGAAGCGGGGACCUGCGGACCCCCAAAGGUCACUGGACUCCAGGUCCCCGCAGCCAGCAUGCCCAGUGGUGAUGGAAGUGGUCAAGCAACCAGCCCCAAACUCCCGCGGUCCAGAAUGGACCUGGAUUCCCUCAGUUUUGAGGAAACAACACAGAAGGGCAAACGCUUCUGCAGGAAGACUGAUCAGCCUCUCCAAGCCAGCUUCCCAACUCGCAAGUUGCAGCUAGGUUUUCCACACAGUUCUUGAGGUUGCCAACUUUUCCCGCCUACCCAUGCUCCUCUGUCAUCAACAUCAAUUCUGCUCCUCUCCAUCCCUAGAGAGAAGCACAACGGGUUUUUGUUUUUAAACAUCAAGGUGUCCCUUAAAGGCACGUGAGCUUUGGUUUUUGCUGAAGUUGGCAACCUUAGCACUCAGAGAGGUUUCCUUCCUCCUUCCUAGCCCAGGCGGUGUUGCCAAGUGACCAGAAAACCCAGCCUGGCCUGCUGUCGUGUUUCCAAGAGGAACUUUGCCUGCAGAAAUGUGGAAGCAAAGCUCCUCUUACAGCCUAGAGAUAUAUAUAUUAUUUAAGCGGGUUGACGAUGUCUGUAGAUGACGCGGCUGCUAAACGCACAGGCGCAGGUCUCAGUAAAACAGUUGGCAACCCUCACCUCUAGAAACAGGAAUAUAUUGCCUCCCCUUCUUUGCAGCUCAAAUCAACACACUUUUGUUUUUCUCUCUGCCCUUCCGAGGGUAGCUUCUGUAAAGGGUUGCCAACUUAUUUCUGGGCUGAUUUCCUGCGUCGCUAACACUAAAUCCAGUAGGAGCAGCCGUUGCCAUGUCCAUUCCUAGGAGGGGCCUGAUCUGUUGGAUUUCUGCCUGUCACUGAGCCACUGAAUGCACAAAAAACCUGGCAGGGUGGAAGAAAAGUUUGGAGGGCACACAAUCGUAACAUUUAUUCUGAAGCUGUGAACCCUUAAGGCUUUGUGAUGGAGUUUGUGGGGUGAAGCUUAAGAAAUCAACAAGGCCCUGCAGUUAAUAUUUGGACCUGGAGGCAGGGGCAGAGCAAGGUGGGGGCAGUGGGGGGGCAGACAGCCCCAGGUGUCAUCUCCGGGGGGGGGGGCUGCGGAGUCCUAACCCUAACCUUCCCCCCCCCAAAAAAAUGCUCUACAACAACUGACAAUGACAGUGAUCACAGCCAGUCUUUUUAUACUGUGAGUCGAUCGCAGUCUCUUGCGAGUCCAACUAGAUUUCAAUGGGGGGCAAGAAAUUUUCUGCCCCGGGUACCACCUGACCUUGCUACGCCACUGCAGGGAGGGCAGGUAGGGGGAGACACAUUUCCUGGGGGGUUGGACUAGAUGACCCCUGAGGUCCCUUCCAACGCUGCAAUUCUGUGAUUCUAGAUUGACGGAAUAUCCUAAAUCCCAUAGUUGACACCUGGCGCUGGAUUUGCUGCCCACAACAGCUUCUCCUCAUAGGCCCAGGUGACACCUGAGGACAGACGUCGCCACCUUGAGUCCUUUGCCAGGGGCCUUUUUUAAAUGACAGAAAUUCAACAGGUGAAGAGGCAUAUUCCUCCCUGUAGCAGCAGCUGUGUCAUGAUGGGGGAAGUACCGUAUUUCUCCAUGUAUAUCACGCCCCCCGUGUAUAAGAUAUCCCUGAUUUUGGGGGCCUCAAAAUUAAGAAAAGUGGGGGGAGAUUGCCCCUGUGUAUAAGACCAACCCCCCCUUUUAGCAUUAUUUUUAGUUUAAAAAAAACAACCUAGUCUUAAUACCCGGAAAAGUAUGGUACAUCUCUCGGAUUCCAGCUUCCCAUGCAACCAUUAUAAACAUACAUACAUGCGCACAGUGCCAGAUUCACGUAUAAGCUAAACAAGCUAUAGCUUAGGGCCCCACUCUCUUGGGGCCCCCCAAAACAUGUAAA